AUGCCGGCCUGGAAGCGUGUUUACAACUGGCAUAUCUCCCUGGUGGCGGCCGGGUGCAUGGUCUUGAUGAGCUAUGAUGCCUCUGUCUUCAACGCCGCGCAGAUUUCUCCGAACUGGCUGGAAUACUUUGACCACCCCCUGCGUGGACUGCUCAUUUCCUCCGUUACCAUCGUCGGUAUCAUCUCAGGAUUUCUUCUCGACCAGUGGCCGACAUUCUCGGUCUACCUCUUUUUCUACAUGGUGAAGUGA